CGACCCCAACACCCAGAAGGCCACGCCCACAGCCCCACACUCAAGCCGCGCGCGCGAAGCUGGGGGACGGCACGGGGACGCCACCGCCGCCCGCGCCCGCCACCGGGCCCCGCCACCCGAGGCGCACGCUCCUCUCCUCACCACCACCACCGCCUCGCGAGCAAUGGCGGCGGCGCUGCUGCGCUCGGCGGCCGACCGGCUCCGGCCCGCGCUCGCUGCUGGCGCCCGCGGCGAGAGGCGGCUGCUCGCGACGGCCGCGGCGGAGGUGACCGUGGACGCGGGGGCGGCGGCCGCCGCCGCGGUGGCCGCCGCGGUCGCGAGGUGGGAGAUCAUGGGCGCAGGCGCGCGGGAGUACUACGACUACCGGCGCGCCAUCUACGGCGACAUCACGCACAAGGCCAUCCUCGUCGACGCCGCCGGCACGCUCCUCGCCCCCACCGAGCCCAUGGCGCAGGUAUACAGAACGAUCGGCCAAAAGUAUGGGGUGGACUACUCAGAGGAUGAGAUCCUGAUGAGGUACCGGCGGGCUUAUGCGCAACCAUGGGGUAAAUCGCGCCUCAGGUAUGUCAAUGAUGGAAGACCCUUUUGGCAAUACAUAGUCAGUUCCUCUACAGGCUGCUCAGAUCUGCAGUACUUUGAGGAACUGUAUCAGUACUAUACGACUGAAAAGGCUUGGCAUCUCUGUGAUCCAGAUGCAGGACGCGUUUUCCAGGCAUUGAGAAGGGCUGGUGUAAAAACAGCUGUUGUGUCCAACUUUGACACUCGUCUUCGGCCACUUUUGCAAGCCCUGAAAUGCGAUCACUGGUUUGAUGCAGUUGCCAUAUCUGCUGAGGUUGCAGCAGAAAAGCCAAACCCAACAAUAUUCUUGAAGGCAUGUGAGCUGUUGGGCGUGAAACCUGAAGAAGCUGUGCAUAUUGGGGAUGACCGUAGGAACGAUUUAUGGGGAGCUAGGGAUGCAGGCUGUGAUGCCUGGCUUUGGGGCAGCGAUGUUUACUCCUUCAAGGAGGUUGCAGAGAGGAUCGGGGUUGAGGUAUAACGAGUUGACUGCAGAGUCAUCUCACAUGAGCUGCAAUGAAAAGAAUGGAAAAAAAAAAGAUGUUGCCUGCCUCCUUGUACAUAAUGUCAACCCUUGUUGGUUGUUGCCCCGGCGCCUUGUACAUAUUUUCCAUUUCCCCAGGGAAUAACUGAGAGCAGUUAGUCCUGUGACAGGCCUUUCAGUAUCGAAUACUACUGAUAUGUACAUACACAUUUGAGUGUCCAAUUAACGGCCUGUUUAACACUGCUUGUGCCUUGAAUAA